AUGAACCCAAAGAAGUGCGUUUUUGGAGUUCAAGCGGGAAAUUUCCUAGGAUUCUUGGUCCACCAAAGAGGCAUAGAGAUCGAUAAAAACAAAGCAAAAUCCAUCAUAAAAGCUUUGCCACCUAGGAACAAGAAGGAAUUGCAAAGUCUCUUAGGAAAAAUUAAUUUUUUAAGGAGAUUUAUAUCCAAUUAUGCAGGAAAGAUCCAGCCUUUCUCUUCUUUGUUAAGAUUAAAACAAGAACAAACCUUUAAGUGGGAAGAACAGCACCAACAAGCUUUUGAGGAAAUCAAGCAUUACCUCUCAAAUCCACCAGUUCUGUCCCCACCAAAGAGAGGCAGACCACUCAAGCUCUAUAUAUCUGCAUCAGAAGUAUCCAUUGGAAGUUUAUUGGUUCAGGAUAACAAGGAAGGAAAGGAACAGGCGGUUUAUUACCUAAGCAGAACUCUAACAGAAGUGGAAAGAAAAUAUUCUGCAAUUGAAAGACUUUGCCUAGCCUUGUACUUCACUGCUGUAAAGCUCAGACAUUACAUGCUGCCAUACACCAUCUAUAUCAUUGCCAAAACAGAUCUGAUCAAAUACAUGCUAACAAGACCAAUGCUAAGAGGCAGAAUUGGAAAAUGGACCUUGGCCUUGACAGAAUUUGCCUUCAGAUAUGUUCCUCAGAAAGCCGUCAAAGGACAAGCUGUGGCAGACUUCCUAGCAGAUCAUCCCGGAGAGGAGAUUGAAAAUAUGGACUCUUUAGACAUAGCAAAUGCAGAUCUAUUAACCAGAGCUCACACCUGCCUCAACAAUCCUAUCUACUCAGUUCAUCUUGCACCUUGGAAGUUAUACUUUGAUGGAUCAAAAACUGAUAUAACUUCAGGGGCAGGAAUUGUCUUGGAAGAACCACUUGGAAUCAGACACUGCUACUCUUUCCAAUUGGAUUUCCAAUGCACCAACAACAGGGCAGAAUAUGAGGCCUUAAUAAUUGGCUUAGAAAUACUGGUAGAACUAGGAAUCCAAUCUGUGGAAAUUCUGGGAGAUUCCAUGCUAGUUUUGAAACAAAUUGCUGGAGAAUACAAGUGCCUAAGCCCUUCUUUGGCUGUCUACUUGGUGGCAGCUAGGAAUCUUCUGACAGAAUUUAGGGAAGCCACUUGGGAACAUAUCCCAAGGGAAGAAAAUUUUGCGGCCAAUGAAUUGGCCCAGGUAGCAACAGGUGUACAAAUGCCCCAAGACUGUGUACAAAGAAUCAUCAGGAUAGGAAAGAAAAGCCUACCAUCUGUUCUGGCCAGAGGGAUGGAGAUAGAUGUCAAUUCUGCCACAAUCACUGAAGAUGAUUGGAGAAAUCCUAUCAUGACCUAUCUACGAUAUCCAACUUUGCCCUCUGAGAAGAGAGUCAGAAUCAUGGCUUUAAACUACCUUAUGUGGAAUGAAGAUUUGGUCCGAAAGAGCAAGGAUGAGGUGCUCUUAAGGUGCCUCGGAAAGAAAGAAUACAUGAAAGUUAUGGGGGAAACCCAUGAAGGAAUCUGUGGAGCACAUCAAGGUGGGAGAAAAAUGUGCUGGUUAAUUAGGAGAUAUGGCUACUUCUGGCCAACCAUGAUGAAAGAUUGCAUUAACUAUUCCAAGGGGUGUGAAUCUUGUCAAAGACACGGCCCAGUCCAGCAGGCUCCAUCAGUUCCCAUGAAUCCAGUGGUAAAACCAUGGCCCUUGAGAGGAUGGGCAAUGGAUCUCAUUGGUAAGAUCUAUCCAGCCAGCAGCCAGCAGCACUGCUUUAUCAUUGUUGCCACAGACUAUUUCACUAAGUGGGUGGAAGCCAAGGCUGUUAAAUCUACUACAUCUCAAGAGAUCAUCACUUUCAUAGAAGAGCAGAUUAUCCAAAGAUUUGGCAUCCCAGAAUCAAUCACAACUGAUAGAGGAUCCUCCUUCAUAUCCGGAGAAAUGCUGGACAUGGCAGAGGCCUCUCUGUCCUCAUCCAGCUCCAAUUCAGCAGACUGCCAGAUCUUCAGUCUCUCCAUUGCUUCUUCCACUGCCCUGGACUUUAUCUUACCAACAGGAGAGCUGAGCUUUUCCAACUUAUCCAGCUGGGCAUCUAGGUCCAUAGCUUCAAAUUCUGCCAGCUCCGGAUCAGCAAAAAAGGCCAUGGCAGAUGAACUUGCAAGGGAAUGUAUAGGCAUCUGUAGAAGGAAGCAUAAGUCAAAACAAGGCAGAAACAGAAAAGAAGAAAACAAAAAGUACAAAAGCACUCACAGCAACAAUCGGAGGCUGCGAGGGGAUGGUCCUCACUGCCAAGAUCCCAGCAGUUUUCGAUGUUUCUGCCUAUAA